GGGACAAGCGUGCACUUCAUUUGAACACAUAUGCCUCUCGUGAAGGACCGCAUCGUGCACUCUCCUUACCCGGAAGUCCAAAUACCGGAGUGCACGUUGUACAACUUCGUCGCAGGAUUCCUAAGGCAGUAUGCGGACAGGACGGCUUUUAUCGAAGGGGAGGAGGAGACCAUGAGCUACGCGCAGUUGCUGACGCGCCUGCGCCAAUACGCCGCGGGCUUUCACAAGCACGGCGUUAAGCGCGGCGACCGCUUCAUCGUGGCCGUGGAGAACUCAACCGAUGCACUGGUCUCCAUCCUGGCGCUCAUGUUCUCCGGAUGCGUGGCCUGCUUCGCCAGCGGGCCCAGGACGGCGCGUGAGCUAGUUUACCAUGUCAAGGACGCCGAAGCAUCGUUCUGCCUCACAGAUAACGACAACCUGGCGUCUCUCACUGGCGAACCGUCCGAUUCUCUUUUCAAGAGGAUAUUCGUGAUGCGAGACACGCCGGGCUUUGUGUCAGUGACGUCGUUCCGCGGGCUCCCCGAGAUGGCGCUCGAGGAACUGCAGGAAGAGGACACGAGGAAGGCACUGUGCGCCAUCGCCUACACUUCGGGCACCACGGGAGAGGCCAAGGGAGUGAUGUUGUCGCAGUACAGCUUUGUCUGUGCCAUCGAAAACAUCAGGGCAAUGAAGUCUUCCGGCGGUAAAAGCGUACUGAUCGUAUUGUGGAACAUGUACUUAGUAUGUGCAAUUCGUACCUUCAUGAGCGCACUGUGCGCGGGAUCGACGUCAGUGAUCAUGAAUCCAAAGCUUGGAAGUGCGAAGAUUAUGGAGACAAUCAAGAAGCAUAAGGUGACGACGUUGUGCGUGUCCGCCACGCACGUACAGCUGCUGCUGCGCGAAGCGAUGAACGCGGGCGAGACGCUGAAGAGCGUCAAUUACGUGGGCAGCAUCGGCGGCACGAUGCCCGAUUCAGCAGUGGAGAAUAUGCGACGCGUGUUCGACCUGCGCAAUCUUGGCCACGCUUACGGGCUCACCGAGGCCGCAGGCGUGGUGACAGCGCCGCCCUCCCGUGACACGACUGUCUCCUUCCUCGGCUACCCGCAAGCCGGCGUGCUUAUCAAGGUUGUCGAUGUCGACACGAGGGAGCCCCUCCCAGCUGGAAAAUGUGGUGAAAUUUGUGUCAGAAUUCCCAGUGUUAUGAUGGGCUACUUGAACAAACCGGAAACAACGAAGCAGGUCCUCGACUCUGAAGGAUGGCUUUCAACCGGUGACUGCGGCUACUACGACGAGGAGGGCUGCGUGUACUACGUCGACCGGCUUAAGGACACGAUCAAGUUCCGCGGCACUCACGUGCCAUCUGUUGAGCUGGAGCAGCUGAUCGGUUCGAUGGCCGAAGUGAGGGAGGUGGCUGUGGUGGGAACGCCCUCUUUUGAGUACCAGGAUGCCACGACAGCUUUCGUCGUGCCCGAGCCACCCGCCACCGGCAGCGUUGAUCUCGCCCUAAAGAUCAAAGACCACGUGGCUGCGAUAACCCCGAUCCACAUGCACUUGUACGGAGGCGUGGUUUUCACCGACAGCCUUCCACGAAACUAUAUGGGAAAAGUUCUGAAGAAGGAGCUCAGAAAAAUCGCCGCUGACAAAGAUACAGUCAAGUUGUGAAACAUAUACGACAUCGUUACGGCACGGACUGGGUCUGUUUCAUCGUCGAUUCGUGGUGAACUUGAUGUAGAUGUUCAAUAAACUAGCGUGCAGCGUUAUAAGCAUCGGUUCUGUGACAACCAGGAUGGAACAUGUUUUUGAGUGGUUGUCAUAGCGCUCGGCGGUAUCUCUUUGCGAAGGGAACGCAUGCGUGGCUUGAAUUUUUUCGUACAGUAGCAUUUUCUCUUUAGCAGUUCUUUUACCGCUUUCAUUGUCCUGGCUGUCUUUAGGUAUGAUUUUACGCGUUAUAACAUAGAUGACCGGUAGAUUUCGUAUAGACCACAUUGCCUUCU